UGUGUCCUACCCAAGGCUACAAAAUUUGACAAGCUGCACUUUUUCUUAUGCUCAAUGAUUUCUGCUUUAAGCCAAAGGACCGCCUAUAGUUUCACUAAGAAUGUCUUCUAAUUCAGAUACUGGGGAUUUACAAGACUCUGUAAAGCAUGGACUUACACCUAUUGGUGCUGGGCUUCCGGACGGACGCGCCCCUCUCCCCGCCCGCGGCCGCCUUGUCAUGCUGCCUAAAGUGGAGACGGAAGCCCUGGGACUGGCUCGGUCGCAUGGGGAACAGGGGCAGAUGCCGGAAAACAUGCAAGUGUCUCAGUUUAAAAUGGUGAAUUACUCCUAUGAUGAAGACCUUGAAGAGCUCUGUCCGGUGUGUGGAGACAAAGUGUCUGGGUACCAUUACGGGCUCCUCACCUGUGAAAGCUGCAAGGGGUUUUUUAAGCGAACAGUCCAAAAUAAUAAAAGGUACACAUGUAUAGAAAACCAGAACUGCCAAAUUGACAAAACACAGAGAAAGCGUUGUCCCUACUGUCGAUUUCAAAAAUGUCUAAGUGUUGGAAUGAAGCUAGAAGCGGUAAGAGCCGACCGAAUGCGUGGAGGAAGGAAUAAGUUUGGGCCAAUGUACAAGAGGGACAGGGCCCUGAAGCAACAGAAGAAAGCCCUCAUCCGAGCCAAUGGACUGAAGCUAGAAGCCAUGUCUCAGGUGAUCCAAGCGAUGCCCUCUGAGCUGACCAUCUCCUCUGCCAUUCAGAACAUCCACUCUGCCUCCAAAGGCCUACCUCUGAACCACGCUGCCUUGCCUCCUACGGACUAUGACAGAAGUCCCUUUGUAACGUCCCCCAUUAGCAUGACAAUGCCACCUCAUGGCAGCCUGCAAGGUUACCAAACCUACGGCCACUUUCCUAGCCGAGCCAUCAAGUCCGAGUACCCAGACCCCUACACCAGCUCGCCAGAGUCCAUAAUGGGCUAUUCCUACAUGGAUAGUUACCAGACCAGCUCACCGGCAAGCAUCCCACAUCUGAUACUGGAACUUUUGAAGUGUGAGCCAGAUGAGCCUCAAGUCCAGGCCAAAAUCAUGGCCUAUUUGCAGCAAGAGCAGGCUAACCGCAGCAAGCACGAAAAGCUGAGCACGUUUGGGCUGAUGUGCAAAAUGGCCGAUCAGACCCUCUUCUCCAUCGUCGAGUGGGCCAGGAGUAGUAUCUUCUUCCGAGAGCUCAAGGUUGAUGACCAAAUGAAGCUGCUUCAGAACUGCUGGAGUGAGCUCUUAAUUCUCGACCACAUUUACCGACAAGUGGUACAUGGAAAGGAAGGAUCCAUCUUCCUGGUUACUGGGCAACAAGUGGACUAUUCCAUAAUAGCCUCACAGGCUGGGGCCACCCUCAACAAUCUCAUGAGUCAUGCACAGGAGUUAGUGGCAAAGCUUCGUUCUCUACAGUUUGAUCAACGAGAGUUUGUGUGUCUGAAAUUCUUGGUGCUCUUUAGUUUAGAUGUCAAAAACCUUGAGAACUUCCAGCUGGUAGAAGGUGUCCAGGAGCAAGUCAAUGCCGCCCUGCUGGACUACACCAUGUGCAACUACCCUCAGCAGACAGAGAAGUUUGGGCAGCUGCUACUUCGACUACCGGAAAUCCGAGCCAUCAGCACGCAGGCUGAGGAGUACCUCUACUACAAGCACCUGAACGGGGAUGUGCCCUAUAACAACCUCCUCAUUGAAAUGCUGCAUGCCAAAAGAGCUUAAGUAACAACGCCUAGGAGCUCUGCUUUCAAAGCAAAAAGAGAUUGGCGGGGCUGGGUGGGAGAAGAACAGGAAGAAAGAAAAAAAAAAUACUCUGAACUGCUCCAAGCAACGCUAAUUAAAAACUUGGUUUAAAGAUAUUGAAUUUAAAAAGGCAUAAUAAUCAAAUACUUAAUAGCAAAUAAAUGAUGUAUCAGGGUAUUUGUAUUGCAAACUGUGAAUCAAAGGCUUCACAUCCCCAAAGGAGUCCAUAUAAAAGACACUAACGGAGUGGACUAAACUCACAGACGGAUACCAACGCCAUGUCAGAAUAAAAAUGGACAGAACAGUUCUUGUAUAUUUAAACUGAUCUCCGCUGUGAACAACUUUAGGAACUGAUCUGUGUUAUUAAUUAGGCUUUUACAGCGGGGGAUUUGAGCUUACAAAAUUCCUCCAUGGUAAAGCUGAACUGAUUCUCAAGAUUCCAUCAGCUGCACCUGUAAUAGCCCGUCCCUCUUCCUUCCGAGGACCCAGCACCUUCUGUCCUGUGAUCACGGAAUCUGUGCUAAGGACUUGUGCUCAGCCACACCCACUAGUAGCUCCAUCAAAUCAUGAAAAGCCUAAUUUUGAAUGUCUGUCUUAGACCUGCAAACAGCUAAUAAGAACAGUCUAUUAAUAUGUUAGCUUGCCAUGUUAAAUAUGUUCUGGUUUGUUUUGUCGUGUGUUCAUAAUGUUAAAAAAGCAGGUAGUAUCCCUCUUCUGAUCUUCUAGAAGCAUUAAUUACUAUUAAGGGAAAUGACUACAAACUUUUAAAGCAAAUGUGCCAUAGCUAAAGCAAGCUAGACCUUAUUUCUGCUACUGUUACUGAAAUGUGGCUUUGGCAUUGCUGGAUUUCAUAAAAAUUUCUGGCCGAAAGACUUGUUAGAAUCCAUCAGUCUUUCAAACCAUCGAAGUUUGUAGUUCAUUUAAAAAUAAAACAUAAACCAUAUUUUGCUGGGAUGUCAAAUAGUCACGGUUCUAAGUAGUUUAAAACAAAACCGAAGCAUGUUAAGCUAUGCAAAAAGACAAGAAAGGAUGAGCAGAUAAAUUGGUUGACUCGAGGUUUGUUCUUGUUACAAUUGAACAUCCCCUAAAUGUAGAAUGGAAACAGCGAUUUUUACAUGUGGCCUGGAAAGAUAUUAAAGUAAUUCAAAUCUUCCCCAAAAGGGAAAGGAAGAGAGUGAUAUUGACCUUUCUAAGUCAUAGACCAAAGUCUGCUAUAGAACAAAUAUUGGAGGACAGAGAAUUGCAAACAAGCUCUCCAGACAACAGUAUCAGUAUUAUUAACACGCAGUGCCACAGGUAUGGAGGUCUUGCCUUAUUUCACAAUCAUAAAAGGCAGCUGUGCAGAUGUGGAUCAACAUUUGUUUAAAAUAAAGUAUUAAUAAAGUC